AUGGUGGAGUAUGUUCUAAGCUCCUCACCUGCUGAUAAACAUGACCCAAGAUUUCGGAAAGGAGCAUAUGGUGCCAGAGAUUGUGAUUUGGAUGGACCAGAGAAAGGGGAACAGAAAGGAAAGGCAUCUCCAUUUGAAGAGGAAAAGAAGCGGGAUCUGAUAUCUACUGAUGGCGAUGAAGUUUCAAAGCUGAAUGGCCGAGGACUUCCAAAUGGGAUUGACGCUGACUGUAAAGACUUCAACCGAACUCCAGGAAGCCGCCAAUCUUCCCCCACAGAGAUUGCUGAGAGAAUUGGCGUGAACCAGAAUGUCACAGAAGGACUAGGACAGCUUUCCAACCCCAUGGUCAACAAGCCCCUGACAGAUGAGUUUGCAACCCCUGAAAGUCAGAACCUGGAUGGGAUGGAGCAAGUUGGUUUGGAUUCUUUGCAGUUUGACUACCCUGGUAAUCCCUUGCCUAUGGACUCUGCCGGAGCUGGUGUGUUGGACUGUUUGAUUAUGGAACCCAGCAGCAGCUCUUCCAGAGAACAAAUGCUUUAACAGUGCAACAAUUAAAUGCAGCCCAGCAACAACAGCAGCAGCAGCAAUACGCCCUGGCAGCAGCCCAACAGCCUCACAUCGGUAG